AGCUUGAAUGGAAUUGAACUAAACUUCAUUAAAACGAACGCUGUUUUAUUGACUCCACUAUUAAUAAAUAAUGCAAAUUAAAGUGAUUUAGUAUUUCUUCCUGAUAAUUUAACACAGUGUGAAGUUGAACACAAAAAUUAAGGGCAGUAUUUAGUUAAUGCAGCUGGUAAAACUGAAUAUUAAUUGCACAAUUUGUUAAAUGAAUUCUUCUAUCAAAAUUACUUAAAGAACUCGGUUGGAACAAAAACCAGUAUAUCUAGUGGUUAGUCGGGACAAGAAUUUAAAAACACCGCUGUAGCCCAAAUUCUGCUCUUAUUACAACAUCAUGUUAUUAUUGUAUUUUACAUGUGUUUGGCUAGAGUUCCUCCACAUGAUUCGACUUGUAAUCGAACUUUCUUCGAGCGUGACAGAACUGUAAGUAACAAACGCAUCUUGUGUACUCUGUACAGUUCAUACAGCUCAUCGAAAAUGUCUUACGUACUUUGCGUGGAGUGGGCGUUUAGGCGUUAUUCCCGUAACAUAAUUACGUAUUUUUCAGUGACUUACAACCUUACUGAAAUUUCAGAUAAAACCAAGAGAUAUCAUGUAAGACCCUUUCAUAAUCAUUAUGAUUCUGUAAAAACAAACUGAAGCGAUUAUGUUUAACACAGUAUAAAACUGAUAAUUUCUAUAUAAUUCACAAAGGUCAAAAAGAAUAACUAUUAAAAGAGUGCUAUAAACCUAUUUCAGAAAGGUACAGAUCAGGGCAGUACUAAAACUGUACUCUCAAAGAUCACGGAAUGGUGUAAAGAUCAUCGGUAAGAGUAAUACAGCACCGUCAGGAUAAUGCAAAGGUCAGAACAUCUUUCCACAGCGCGUGACAUUUUCAAUUCGAUACAAGUCUGCACACACAUGCACACACAUUUACACGUAUGUGACAGUUUAUACCUUGUAAAUGGGCUUUAGGGUUUGCAAACUACUUCUAUGCUUUUGAUGUAGCUAGUUUUAGCUUUAUAAUGGAAUAAUAUAGGUUUGCCAUAAGAUUUCUUGGCUGAGGCUGCGAGUCUGAAAGCUUGCAUGAGAGUUGGCAAUCCUGCUUCCAAGUCAACUGGGUGUGCUAUCAAGAGUCCAACUGCAACCUUAAAGGAGCUUCCUUUACCCCAAACUAGGAUGCAACAUAAUACCUAUUUUAAGAAACUAUAGGACAUGAAAACAGGUGGAUGGAUGGGGGAUCGAUGUCUAUGUGGAAUAUUAAUACACAGAUAAGUGUCUGGAAGUCCCAAGCAAGCAACUGCACAGUGAAUAAGUAAGAGUCUACGGCAGGGGAUGAUGUUAGUUUGAUGAUGAGGUGUUCCCAAAAGCGAUAGAGGGCAGUGAGGGACUCUCCAGAUCAGUUGGAUUUUGGUAGCUUGUUCUGCCAUCCAGAAAUGGCAUAUUUAACAAGUUUAGUAUGAGACUUUUUUCCACAUGGUGGAAGAAUUACCAUGUACCAAUCACCUGCUGAUUGUAGCAGGCGGAUUGGAAACCAGGCCCUGGUGAGUGACUUAAUGUAGGUGCUGUUCUAUUGUUGCUGGCAAACAUCUGCAGCUGGAUGCAAGUACCACUGGAGCCACUGCAGGGAAACAAGGAGAGGUGUAACAUAAAUGCAUUUUGACUGAUUAAAUGCUAUAAUACUUCUGCAUUUUGGAACACCUGCAGUGGUUUCUCAGCAGAGCCUGGAAUCCCUGCUAACAGAUAUUCAGAAAAGCUACACUGGUUCUAACUGAUACACAGCAGACUAUGUAUUUCAUUUAACUUCUCUAUGUAUUUAUAAGGUGUAACCACUGGACCAGGUGCAAUAUUCAUAUUUAUAGGUUUCCAGACAUUGGCUUGUCCUACUGUUUUCCCCAAUCUGCCUGUGUGAAUGGGGGUGAAUCCAGAGCAACGGUUAGCCGGCUAGGGUUACUUGUAUUGAAAUCUGUCAGAGCUUCUUGUUCAAUGCAAGUAAUUUUACCCUUAUAUGAAUCAGCUCAUGUGUUAAAGUACAUAACUGAAUUAUUUUUGUAUUGUAAGCUUUAUAAAUGAAGUGUAAUAGGUCAAUUUGCAUGUUUUACACAUGACGUGAGAUAUGCAAUUUGUGUAUGCGACUUCACAUGACUUUUUUAGGGCUGCUAUGCACGUUUACUACUAAACCAAGCAAAUUAUUGAUCAUUCAUCAAGUAUGAAUCAUAGUAAGAAACUUAUGCAAUUACUAAUAAUUGAGGCCAAGUCUGAAUUUCUGUCACAAUUCGGCGACAUGAGUGUUGCAUUCAGCUAAGCAAUGGCUUCAUGAUAAUUAAAAUAGAAUGUAUGUUCUUUAUUAGGCUAGAAGCAAUUUCUGCUUGAGUAAAUCUACUCGUCCAUCUAAAGUACAGCGGCGGUGAGCCGGAAACUUACACCAGGAAAUUCAGCACUGGUUCCAAAUACCAUAGGAUGGCAGUACAUAUACCAGGGGUGGGGAAUCUGUUCCCUGGAAGGCCAGUGAGGGUGCGGGUUUUUGGGAUGACCUCUCAAUCAGCCAAUAAUAAAGCAGUGGGUCUCAACUCCAGUCCUGGGGACCCACUGUUUUUGGCUGAUUGAGAGGCCAUGCCAAAAACCAGCACCCACAAAGGGCCUCCAUGGAUCAGGUUCCCUAUCUUUGACAUACACGCAGAAACAUACUACCAUACACCAUAGGCAAUUUAGAAAAGUCAGUUAAUCUAAUAGCUACACCGCUUUACUCACUAGGAUAAAACUAUUUUAUUAGAUUAACUUCGUGACACGCAGUUCCAUUGUACGGUGUUACAGUUUUAUUCCGAUUUUAAAUUCUUAAACGUGUAUGUUUCACCUAUUUUUCCUUUAAAUACGUUCCUUUAAAUAGACCCAUUUAGGUUUAAUCUUUGUUAAUUGUGUUAAUUGUUAAGGCACACCUGUGGUUAAUGUGCGUUUAAUUCACUAUUGUCAGCGAUAAUAACAGAUUCCCCUCUAGCUUACAUAUAGUUUCUAUAAGGAAGCCGCAGAAACCCGACGCAACGCAAACAUCAUCCGGAAGUUGUCUGUUGCCAUGGUAGCGCACAACAACAACAACUAAAAGACGAACUUGAAAGAACGGUGUGAUUUGUUAAAUUAUUACAUAAAAUUGCCGUUGCGGUUUUACUUAAAAAGCUAUAAAAUAUUUACCUGCUAAUACGAAGAGUACAAAGGAUGUUAUUAAAGAAUCACGUCUGACUGAUAUCAAUAUUGGCGACCACACCAAUCCUAGGUUUGUUAAAAUUUGCUUUUAAGGAUUGCAUUGAGUUAAUACAAACCAACUGUGUAUGAUGAACUUAGGAAGAACAAAACUUUUUGUUUUAAUGAGAAAAUAUCCAUCCACAAAAAGUAACUACAGCACUUUCAAAUUAGACUGUCGGCUCCAGAUCGGCAUCCUUGGCGCUGCCAUCGGAAAACUGAAACUUCAAACUAAGGCUUAAGGCCAGCAUAUGAUCUUCCCUACCAUUCCUUGAGGCCUGAUUAUCCUGGAAACCAAGGGGAAUGGAGGCUACUCAAGUCGGAGUGGUCAGGGACUCCAUGCGGGCUAAUCCGCUUUUAAUUAGGCCAGCUUUAGGGAAGACGACGUCGAAAGGUCUGUCGCUGCCAGGCCCUGACUUCGUGUAUGGGUCCAUGCCUGUCACCCACGACGGCGGCGUCGCUGAAGCCAUCUCCCACUGGCACCUGCCCUCUCCUCCCAGCACUGUCUGCCGUAGAAGAGUGGAGAAGGAUUUCGUGGCCCUGAAUCGGGAGGGGGUCAAGUCUGGCUUGGUGACAGCCAAAGAGCAUCACCAGUACCGCGCCACGCAUGACAUCCGUCUCGCCCCGUCCAAGGGAGGUUCCCGUAUGUCAGCCCCCUCGCGGCUUCCCCUGGACAUGACCUUUGGCGUCGCCACGCGCCCCUCCACCCCCAUCUCGGAGCUCUUGGGGCACAGGUACGCUCAAAUCUGGCUGGAGGAUCAGCAGGCUAAGGACAGGAACCUUCUAGAACGUCGGAAGAAGAGACAGCUGGGCCAUAUCCCAGAGACAUGCACGACCCUGCUCAGGAAGUGUCAGCCCCUGGAGGAGCCGGCGGCCUUGUGGAAACUGCCCCGCUUCCAGAAGGUGGGACCUGCCUUAGACACCUUCCGUGAUCCAGGAGCUCGGAAGAAGGCCUUUCAUGCCCAUUUCUCAGACUCGGCGGCGCGACGAGGGCUUCUGGGCCAGGGCACCUACAACGUGAACUAGACCAGGCUAGGCAAAGAUAGCAGGGGGGAGGAAAAGAUGGGGGGGAGUGAGAAUGUGGGGGAGGGGGGCGAGGAAUAAAAAUCUACACGUACACAUUCAUCUUGUUUUUCGCCAUAUUAUUCUGCGGGUAUCAGUAGGUGUAACGAAACUUUGAUAAAGCCCGUAACCAUAAAUUGAAGAUGAUUUAUUUAAGCUGUAUUUGCUGGUGAGUGUUAUGUGGAGAAGCAAUGACAAGGUCCACACGUGUGAAGAGUGCAACUUUAAGUGCUGACUGGCAUAAAAUCAGGCUUACAAAGACACAGAAAUAAACAACUAAGCCAGUCAGCUUCCAAUUGGGAAAGUUUAAAAUCGGUGACAUUUACGUACAGUGACAUUUAUGGAUUGUUGGUACUGGAGUUUCCGCAAGAGCAGUGGAGCGGUUUACAACGGGCCUGUACUGCAGCGACGGAGAGCACACAGCCUGGCGCUGCAGUGUGUGCAGCACGUUCUGCCCCCGACCCGUGCGGCAUCCCCCCAGUGGCAGCUCGCAAUCAGACCCGGUCCCAGUGGGAGCAGGGAUCAAGGUGCACAUCUCCAGUCUUGCCUUCAGUUGUUAGGGCUUGUCGAAAAUUCACAUGUUGCGAACCGUGUAAAUGAUACGUGAAACAGGAGACCGCUUACUACACAGUAAAGUUUUCUCUCACUAUUUUGUGACAUUGCCUGGCUUUCCUCUCUGUUCGGUCAUAACACAGACAUCAUCCGUAUAUGCUUAUACUACCUUAAUACUAUGUAAAUGAGAAUAAACUGGUAAAAUUAAGAUGAA